AUUGGAUGGAUUUGAAGUUUGGGAUUUUGGACGCAGGAGGCCGGUUGGCUGGGGUAAUCCCAGGAUAAGGGCAUGCUUUGCUUUUUUGCACAGCCUGGAGCGGUUCUGAGACUGAUGGGGCCCGCUCUGUGGCCGCAGCUUGUCUCCGUGUUAAUUACCAGGUUGAUGGAAGUGGGUGGAAGUCGGCGAGUGACUCAUUGUUGAUGUGACUGCGUGACCGAGCGCGACUGGCAGGGCCGUCGAGGAGAGCGAGAGAUGCAGUAAGGAAAAGUAAGACUGAAGGUCAGCAGCUCACACUUAGCAGGAAGGGGAUGAUGCAGUCUCACUCUCAGGAGCAGCCGUUGGCCCUGACCAUGGUCAAAAAGUACCGUUCAACCAAUGGGAAGGAAGAAGAGUUGAACACAGACGCAGAUUCCGUGGAGGAGGAGGCGGAGUUUAACUGGGAGGAGUACAUGGAGGAGAGCGGAGCCGGCGCCGCCCCCCACACCACCUUCAAACACGUGGAGAUCAGCCUGCAGAGCAGCUUCCAGCCCGGCAUGAAGCUGGAGGUGGCCAACAAGGGCAGCCCCGACACGUACUGGGUGGCCACCAUCAUCACCACCUGCGGCCAGCUGCUGCUGCUGCGCUUCAGCGGCUACGGCGACGACCGCAAGGCCGACUUCUGGUGCGACGUCAUGACGGCCGAGCUGCACCCGGUGGGCUGGUGCGCCCAGAACGACAAGACCCUCAUGCCCCCGGAAGAUAACCUUUACCUAAGAACAGCCAUCAAGGAGAAAUACGGCGACUGGACGGAGUUCCUGAUCCGGGACCUGACCGGCUCCAGGACGGCACCGGCCAACCUGCUGGAGGGGCCUCUGCGAGGUAAGAACACGGUGGACCUGAUCGUCGAGGGCUCGGUGCUGGAGCUGCAGGACGCGUCUGAGCCCUUCCUGUACUGGCCCGUUCGAGUCAUCCAGAACGUCGGGGGACGGCUCCAGCUACGCUACGCGGGUCUGUCUGAGGACCACCGGAGCAGAGACACCUGGCUGUUCUACCUGGACGUCAGACUCCGGCCCCUCGGGUGGGCCCUGGACAACAGUCUGGCCAUAGAACCGCCUACAGAGCUCAGGUCUCUACAGAGCGCGGCCCACUGGCAGCAGGCACUGGAGGACGCUCAGCUGGAGGGACAGAAGAGUCCACUGCCACUGGAGGUGUUCAAGGACCACGCAGACCUGCCCAAACACUCCUUCAAGUUGGGCAUGAAGCUGGAGAUGGUGUCUCCGUGGCAGCAGCUCCACAUCUGCCCCGUCUCUGUCACCAGGGUCUACGAUGACGUCUACUUCCAGGUCACGCUGGACGACCUGUCCCCGGACGUCAGGCCGCGCUCUGUGGUGUGUCACAGACACUCGCCGGGCAUCCUGCCCGUCCAGUGGUGCCUGAAGAACGGUGUGAACCUGGAGCGGCCCCGCGGCUUCCAGGGACAGGACUUUGACUGGGCCGACUACCUGAAGCAGAGCGGGACGGAAGCGGCUCCUGAGGCCUGUUUUCCAGAGGCCUGGCAGAACCGCGGCUUUGCCAAGGACAUGUGGCUGGAGGCCGUCAACCCUCAGCAGCCGGCGGAGGUGUGUGUGGCUCAGGUCACACAGGUCAGAGGACGCCUGCUGUGGCUCCGACUGGAAGGCGUGCCCAAGGCGGCGUCGGACUGCAUCGUGGACGUGGAGUCCAUGGACGUGUUCCCCGUGGGCUGGUGCGAGGCCAACGGCUACCCCCUGACCCCCCCGCUCAAACCCGUCUGCCAGAAGCAGAAGAAGAUCGCAGUGGUGCAGCCAGAGCAACAGUUGGCUCCGGCCCAGACGGUGGAGGCGGCUCCUCUCAACCACUGCCAGCUCAUUGCUGUGGACGCAGGCUCGGCCAAUGGCAGGUACUCCUGCUCCAAGAUCUUCGUCAACCACCGGUGUUUCUCAGGACCCUAUCUCAACAAGGGACGCAUCGCAGAGCUGCCGCAGGCCGUCGGGCCCGGGAAAUGCACACUGGUCCUCAAAGAGCUGUUGAGCAUGCUGAUCAACGCCGCCUACAAGCCUGGACGGGUCCUGAAAGAGCUGCAGGAGCUGGAGGAUCAGAGCUGGGACUGCCAGGAGGAGACCCUAAAGGCCAAAUACAAAGGGAAGACCUAUCGCUCCACCAUCCGGCUCGUCCGCAUGGCAGAUCAGAUCCCAGACUUCUGCCGGAAGGUGUGUGUGAAGCUGCAGUGCUGCCCGAACCUCUUCAGCCCCAUCCUCGUCACCGACAAGUGCCCAGAAAACUGCUUCGUUCAGACGAAAACCAAAUACACCUAUUACUAUGGGAAGAAGAGGAAGCUGUCCAAGCCGGCGGGAGGAGAGGAGACGGCGGAGGGGGAGCCGGCCAAGCAGACGCGCCGCAGGAAGAAGAGGAAAGCGAUCUUUGUGCAGAAGAAGAGGCGCUCGUCCACCGUGGACUACACGCCUGCUGGCUCGCCGCAGGACAGUGACGAGGGCCUGGAGGACGAGGACAUGGCUCUGCAGUCGGGCAGCGAAGGCACCAGCUCGGAGCCUCGCGAGGAUCACACCGACGCCUCCUCGGUCUCGGCCGAGGCCACGAGCAGCCGGCCGCGGCGGGCGGCGGCGCUGCGCCGGGCCUUCAGCGCGGGGCACGGCCCGGAGGCGCCAGAGGGCCGCAGGAGGUCCACGCGCUCCCUGUCGGCCUACAACCAGAGCAAGUACCAGCCCCCCAAGGGCCAGGACGUGCAGGUGGAGGAGGAGGAGGGCCAGCUGGUUUUGGAUAGAAACCCCCUGGAGUGGACCGUAGAUGAGGUGGUGCAUUUUAUUAGCUCCACCGACUGUGCAUCUCUGGCCAACAUCUUCCAGGAACAGGAUAUCGAUGGUCAGGCGCUGCUGCUGCUGACGCUGCCCACGGUCCAGGAAUGCAUGGACCUGAAGCUGGGCCCUGCCAUCAAACUGUGCCACCAGAUAGAGCGCGUCAAGGUUGCCUUUUACCGACAGUACGCCAACUGAAGCCAGCGGCAGACAGUCAGGAGCGCGGGAUGUGUUGGAUUAGCAGCCUCCUGGUGGAUUUCCAUCCAGAAGAGGGAGAGGGCUUAUUUUUCAAAGCCGUUGCCUUGGAGGGCGUUCGCCUACAAGGAGUUGAAGGAUUGAUUUCUCGGCUGCCGCUGGUGCAAAAAUGUAACAAACACACAUUGGAGUUGAUCCGAUGAAGAACUUGAGAAACCGGUGGCACCUGUUCAUCUGUUUCUUUCUUUUAACGUCCAUUCAUUUGUGAUAGAGGAGCAUUAUAGCAUCUAAUUUAAAAUAACUUUCCAUUUUCUGUGUGACACAUUGGUUCUGGAAAAAUAUAUUCUACUAUUAAGUAUUUAACAAACCCAAAAGUAAUAUAUUUGGAAUAUUUAUUAUCCUUAUAAGGAGGAAUCUAUUUGGAUGCAUAAAAUCAAGUUGACUCAUUCGCCAUUAAUCGAAACAACAGGAUGAUAUUUCACAAAGAAUCUGCGUUUACUGUGAUUCACAGCUGAGUUUGUGGUUUUGGGGGAAAGAAAAGGUGUCGUGCUUGUUGUUGGAGACACCCGGACGCUCCCACAUACCAGCACCCGGCUGUGCGCUCCUCUCUUCGUCACGGUCCCAUGAAGUAACCACGUUCGCUAUUCUGUGUCCACCUAUGCAAAUGUGUUGCCGAUAUUUUUGACAAGAAAAUAAAUUUCUAUUGAUUUUUAA